ACCACAGGUCCACCAACAGGAAAUCUGCAAAAAUGGCCAUCAAGCACAACCAGCAGAUCCAGAAGAACCACUUCCACAAGGACUGGCAACGCUACGUCCGCGUGCACUUCGACCAGCCGGGCAAGAAGAAGUCCAGAAGGAACGCUCGCGUUGCCAAGGCCGCGAAGGUCGCUCCUCGCCCCGUCGACCUCCUCCGCCCCGUUGUGCGAUGCCCGACCAUCAAGUACAACCGCCGCGUCAGGCCCGGCCGUGGUUUCUCUCUCGUUGAGCUGAAGGCUGCUGGCAUUCCCCGCAAGUUUGCCCGUACCAUCGGUAUCUCCGUCGACCCCCGCCGCCAGAACCUCUCCGAGGAGGGUCUCAAGGCCAACGUCGAGCGCCUCCAGGAGUACAGGAAGCGCCUCAUUCUGUUCCCCCGCCGCAACGGCAAGACCAAGGAGGGUGACGCUUCCGCCGAGGACGUCAAGGCCGCCAAGAGCGCCGAGAACGUCAUCAAGAGCACCGCUGUUUCGCUUCCCAUCAAGAACGUCGUUUCCUUCGAGGAGGGUCCCAUCGGCGACUACAAGGGCGAGGAGAACGCUUACAGGAAGCUCCGUGACGCCCGCUCCGAGGCCCGACUUGUCGGUGUCCGUGAGAAGCGCGCCAAGGACAAGGCUGAUGCGGACGCUGACAAGAAGAAAUAAGCUGCUCGCUAAAGGGUGGUUUGGUUCUGUGUUAUGCCUUACGAAAGAUUUAAAAGUCAAGGCCACGGUUUGGCGAUGGGUAUUCCCAGCAUGGGCGGCGUCAAUGAUUAGGUCUGUCGGGUAUGACAGCGUGUGAAUGAUACCU